AGAAGCUCUAACUCUAUUCGUGACGCAAAACAAGCGGCGGAUUCCCAUUUUAUGCACCUGAGUGUCGGAGUGUUGGAGGUAACCGCUUUAGCUGAUGGCUAUGGCCGAUAAUUGCCUUCCCGCUGGCGAAGGUGGUGGCCGGAGCUCGCUCCGUUCGUUGGAGAGGCUCCCAGAUAACAUAAUCUUCGAAUUGCUGCAGAAGCUGGCCUUUGAAUCUCUCUGCACCGUAGCUUGUGUGUCUCGUGCCCUCCGCUACGCUGUCUAUCAAGUUCUUGCUUCUCGUUCCUCUCUCGAUCUUUCUACUACAGAUGGAGUAAUAUGUAUAAAUGGGAUUGCAGGCAUUUUCCCCCGACACCAAGACUCUGCAACAUAUUGGAUGUAGGCUAAAAGGGGUGAAGAGUUUAACUAUUGAUUGCCUCCGCGUGGUUGAUUUUAAUUUUAUCAGUACCAUGGGAGCACAAAUCCAGGAACUAAAUUUGUUAAAGUGCCCCUCACCAUUCAACAACAUUCUUGACACAAUUGGUCAAAGGUUCCCAAAUCUAAGGCAAGUAUUUAUUUUUUGUUUGGGAGGCUGCAAUGCCUACUUCUAGAAUAUUGCUCAAACAUUGAUGGUACAAUUGCUCCAACUUUUAUGAGUGCAUUUCAUAAUAAAGAUUGCAGCAUUAGUGAUGUUGCUAAAAUGAGCUUUAUAUUGUUCAUUUGUUGCUUCUGUUUGUUGAGCCAGGAUCCUUUUAAUAGAAAUGGCAGGGGCUGCAGGGCAUGGAUUCCCACAACUUGCCAAUAACCUGGUGGUAAUGCUUAAGGGUGUUUCCUGUCUGGAGGUAAAGCCCAUACAUACACUGCUGUAUAUUCACUGUUCAUUUAUAAUCACUACAUAUGGUGGUGGUGCCUUCAAGCCUUUGCUGACUGUUUUAAGUGCUAAUGUACAAUAAUUCCUUGUUGCAUGCAGUCUCUAUCUUUAAAAGUUUAUGUUAGUGAAGAUGAUGCAUAUACUUUGCAAUCUGUUUACCUCUUUCUGCCCAAAGCUCUCAAACGUUUGAAGUUACAGCCAGUGGAUGAACAACAUUUUAUCCAUCAUAUAAUACCGACUAUACUCAGUGUUAGAAACCAUCCAGUGUACUCCUGUGGCCCUCCUCCUCUCUUCAAUUUGGGAAGUUUGUCACUGGUGUUGGAUAUAAUUUCUGAUGAACUAGUGGUCUCAAUUGUAAAAUCUCUUCCCUUUUUGGUUGAUCUUGACCUUGAAGACAGACCAAAGUGGGAACCGGAAGUGCAUCGCGACCUAACCAAUAUCGGGCUCCAGUCUCUUGGGGCCUUGAAACACCUAACAGCCCUCUCAAUCAUACGGAACAGAACAAACCGUUGCGUUUAUUUUAAGAGAGUUAAUGAUAUGGGGAUGUUUAUUCUCUUUGAGAGCUGUGAUGGCUUAGAAUCUGUGAAACUUGGUGGUUUUUCCAAAGUUACUGAUGCUGGUUUCUCGCUAAUUUUACAUUCCUGCUGUAAGAGAUUGAAAAAACUUGAACUUCGCAAUGCAUUUUUCCUCUCAGACUUGGCAUUUCACAAUAUGAAGGAGGUCGCCAGUUCUCUUGUCCAGUUAAGGCUGUUGUCAUGCAAUCUUCUGACAAGUGAAGCUCUUGUAGACCUCUCUUUGUUUGGGAAUUUGGAGGUUCUUGACCUUUCUGGUUGCAGAAGUAUAGCAAACCCUUGCCUCACGUACAUUUCAAGCCUCGGCACACUCACAUGUUUAUCAUUAGCCGGUGCAGAUAUUACUGAUGAGGGUCUGGCUGUUCUUGGUAGAGGAAGAUCAGCUAUUACACACUUAUGCCUUAAAGGUUGUAAGAGUGUCUGAAAAGGGCAUUCACAAGUUAUUUCAGGGUGAAGGGAAGAUUGGACAUGGAUUGGUGUUUCUAGAUAUUAGCUACAUUCCUGGAAUAUCUGAUGCGGCGGUUGACACAAUUGCUUCUUCAGCUAAAGAGUUAACCGACCUGUGUAUGAGGAGUUGCUACUAUGUGACAAAUGCUGCAGUGGAAAUGUUAGCUUUAGCAGCAACCUCCAAGGGAAGGUUGAAUGACGGGAGUACCCUACUUCGAAGGCUAGACCUUUGUCACUGCAUGGGUUUGUCGUCUAAUGGUUUUACUGAAAUUUUUGAUAAUGCUUUCUUCCGUGGGUUGCAAUGGAUUGGUAUUGGUUUCACUGCCUUGGAGAGUAGAAAACACUACUUUGAUGGCAUCUGCGAGUCUAGGCCAUGGCUGACUGUGUGUUUUGAUGGCUGUGAACUGGGAUGCCACGAUGGAUGGCAGUUUCACGUUUGAUGGUACCGAUGUCAGCUAUCCCACCUGUGGGCCCCAAAAGUGUCAUGCAUGAUUCCUUCCCUAGUGCUUUCGUUUUGCUUUUUAUAGUUAUUUAUAGUUCUCUUUCUAUGGCCUGUUUGCUCGCUAUUAUAUCUUUGUUAUAGUGUGGGAUUAAAGAUGACAGGGUCAGGCUUAGCAUUGGGUAUGCUUGUGUUUCGAGACUUUCGUGUAUAUGUAAAAGUGCACUGAUGAGCAUAUAGAAAACGUUUUCACCUUUUUCAAGUUAAACAUGUUUUAUUUUUUAUACGCA